AUGUCUCUCAAGCAGGAAAUCGAAACCUGGGUGGCAGCCCUCGCCCACUACGACGGCAACGACUUCGAAGAGGCAUUGAAGGAGUUUGACGGCAUCUCCGAUACCUCCAAAAUUCUAUUCAACUGCGGUGUCAUCCAUGCGACGUUGGGAGAGCAUGAGAAGGCGGUCGACUGCUACCAGCGCGCUGUGCGGCUGGACCAGUACCUCGCCGUAGCCUACUUCCAGCAGGGUGUCUCGAAUUUCCUCAUGGGCGACUUCGAGGAGGCCCUGGCCAACUUCAACGACACCCUUCUCUACCUCCGUGGAAACAACAACAUCGACUAUGAGCAAUUGGGCUUGAAAUUCAAAUUGUACUCGUGCGAGGUCUUGUUCAACCGUGGCCUGUGCUACAUCUACCUCCAGCAGAAGGAUGCUGGUAUGCAGGACUUGUCGUUUGCUGCGAAGGAGAAGGUCGUUCCGGACCACGAAGUCAUCGACGAAGCCAUUCGCGAGGAAGCCGAGGGUUACACUGUCUUCUCUAUCCCCGUCGGCAUUGUCUACCGCCCCAACGAAGCAAAGGUCAAGAACUUGAAGACUAAGGAUUAUCUCGGCAAGGCACGCUUGGUCGCUGCCUCGGAUCGUGCGAACGCAUUCACUGGAUUCGCCGGGUCUGAGAUCAAGAAGAUGGGCGAAACCCCGGCCAAGGACGACCGACCCGAAGACAAGGUCUCGUACGCCGCCACGAACCUCGUCAAACCCAAUCUCCAGAGCAGGGCUAGACAACAAUCUGAGCCGCCUAUGAACCGUAACAUGUUCCCCCCUACGCCACCACCGGAGUCGGACAAGAGGAAUUCGGGCGGUGCCCAGGAAGGUGGCCAGAUGUCGCGCGCACAGUCUGUUCGCGGCGGUGGUCCCAAGCCGCGACCUCUUGAUCUCGGCAGAGCUGCGUUCGAUCAAGGCAACCAGGAUGCCCCUCGCCGUAUGGGCACACAGCGAUCCAUGUCAGAGCGACCAGCACCGUCCCGUUCGAACACCCGCAGCCGACGUGACGAGCGCGAGAGGCCUCGGCGUCGUGGUUCUGACGAUGAUAUCGAGGAGGACUACGCCGACGAUGUGUACGACAUGUAUCAGCCCCGAUCAAACAGGCCUGCCUACUCGAGAUCUCGCCAGGGCAAGAACUCUAGGCCGAUGUACAUCGAUGAAGAGGAGGAGGAGGAUGACUAUGACGGAAGCGACGUUGACGAUGCUGACUUUGAGAUGGUGUCUCGUUCAAAGACCCGAAGACGGUCGCCUGCUCGUUCUGCUACCUCCCGUCGCAGCGACAGGGAGCGAGAGCCAGCGAUGAAAAUUCGUGUCAAGGUCCAUGCAGGAGACACCCGCUACGUCUUCAUCGACCAGAACAAGACGAUGCGCGAGUUUGUGCAACAAAUACGUGAGAAGUUCGGCCUCCGCCAGAACUUCAAGGUCGAGAUACGCGAUGAUGGUGACAUGAUCACCAUGGCCGACCAGGACGAUCUGGAUAUGGCUAUCCAGACAGCCAAGAGCAUGGCUAGGAAGGAGAAUUCGGAUAUGGCAAAGAUGGAGGUAUGGCUUAACCUUGAUGUCCCUAACGAGAACUUCUCCAAUCCUCCUCCUCCUCUCACUCCCAGCAUCGAAAUUUCUGAAUAUGUAUGA